UAGAGAGCCCAUUAUUCGGCCACCCGUUCCAUCCUCAGACACAUCCCCGUUAUCCUCUGAUAGAUUUGGAGUAAGAAGAGAGAAGAGCCACGAUGGCGUCGAUUUCAGGGAUGCUCGCGACCACCACCAUCGCCGUCUCCAAACCGAGGCCGUGGCGGCCAUCGCCUCCGAGUUUGGGUGGCGCCGGAGGAAACGGUGGGCUGGUGGUGGAGUGCUCGUCGCGGCCGAAGAAGAAGGCGACGGCACACCACAUGAAGACGCGGCCGAAGAAGACGCAGCCCUGGGACGUCCGCCGCAAGGGCCCUACCAUCUACCCUCCCCUUCCCCCGCUCCCCCCCGACUGGACUCUCGUCACCGAUGACCAGCCCCUCCCCCAGCCGCCGCAGGAUGCUGGAGGACUCUCCCCUGCUCCUUCGGCCUCUUAAAGGAUGGAUGGAGGGAUGGAUUCCCUUCUCUGUCUCCUUUAUCCAGUGUUGCUUGAUGCUAUGUCUGAGAGGUGUUUGUUGUUAUGCCCGUAUAACAAAGUUCUCGUUAUGUUAUUAAUUUGAUUGGGACUGCAAUCAUCCAUACCCUGCUUGUAUCAUGCUCCUUAUCGUAGUUAGAGAAUGUUGAUUGGUUUCCACUGA